ACGUAAGUAUAUAUUUAGAUUUUUUACAAUUCAAGUGUAUCAAAUUUAGAUUUAUCGUAACUAACGGUUCAUGCGCUCUCCGUUUAAUUUCAGUGAACAUUACUCAACGCAGUGCGCAGUUGGUGAUUCAAUAAAUAUCAACACAUACAGUAAAAAUAUAACAGCAUAACAUAAAGAAACGAUCAACUAUAACCUAGUAUUUAAGUAUUUGCCUGUAUGACCUAGUGAAUAAAUUUUGCACAACAUUGUAUAAGUAUUGUUAAUAAUUUUCACUUAAAAAGCUUGAUAAUUUCAGUGCUGAAAAAAAAAGUUUAACUAAAAAUGGAUAAAUAUCGCACAAGAACAGUGUCACGUAAGCUGAGUUACGAGUGGGAAAUAGCCGAUUUUACAGCGCUUGCUGACACACCCAACUUUGGAGUUCGUGGAAGUGAAAUUAGGUCUCCAAAAUUUUCAGUCAACACGUCAUUUGAGAAUGAAUGGCAUUUGGAAUUAACAAUGACUGAAAAACGCUUCAUAGUGUUUGUAGUAUCAGACGUCGAAGAUAAAGAGAUGAUCAUAAGGACCCAAUUUUCCGUCUCAAUCUUGAAUGAAAAAAAAGAAAAAAAAUUCAAUAAAGUAUACAAUCAAUUAUUUACUGGAAGAGUAACCCGUAGCCCAGAAAUAUCCCUCAUCCAAACGCUCGAAAUCAUGAAUAGUCGAAGCGAAUUUUUGCCUAAUAAUGUGUUGACUGUUUGCUUAGAUCUUGCAGUAUACGACGAGUGUACUGAGAUUAUUAAAUUUCCAUCAAAGUCUCCGAAGUAUAUGAUCAGCGAGGACUUCAAGAAGCUUCUUGAUGACAACAUAGCCAGAGAUAUUACUCUGGUGGUAAACGAAAAGGAAUAUCAAGCUCACAAAGUAAUUUUGAUGGCACGCAGUCCAUUCUUUUACGCGAUGCUCACCCACGAUAUGAAAGAAAAACAAGAAAAUAAAAUUACUGUGCCAUCUAUUGAUCCGAAGAUCUUUGAAAAAAUGAUUGAGUAUAUUUACUCAGACAGAGUAACUAAUAAUCUUGACAGUUGUGCUGAGCAGAUGUUGGAAGUCGCUGACCAAUAUCAACUGCUAGGACUCGUUGAGAUGUGUGAAGAAUCACUGAGCAAAUCAAUAACUGUUGAAAAUGCUAUGAGGGUGCUGGUACUAGCUGAUAAAUUUAAUGCUCAGCAGUUAUUGGAGUUUUCUCUCAAUUUUGUAGUCAGCAAUAUCUCGCGGAUUAAAAAUACUAAAGAGUAUCAACAAACUAUUAACGAUAAAUCUAAUCCAUUUUUGACAAUGAAAAUUGUUGAAAAAUUUGUUGCAGCUUAAAAUCUUGAGAGUACAUUAAAUAAUAAUAAUAACACUAAAAAAAUAUGGAAAAUAUAAUAUGAUCAAAUUUAUAA